GCGAGCCAGGUAUGAAUGAGCUGGCUUCCCCGCAGGGUGCCUUUUACCAUCACUCCAAGACAAGUUCUGUAGCUGUUUUGUUUUCUCCGGGAGAAGACUGAAGGUAACCCGGAGCAGUUAGAGUUGGCUUUAUCUUCUGUCAGUCCUUGCAAGAAAAACAGCAAAGAAGCAAGAUGUGAAGUAGAGCUUUUCUAUCUGUCACCCUUGAUAAGAAAUCACCAGUUCCUUAUGCCAGGCCUGUCAGCAUCUGUGGAAUAUCUUGCUAACGAAGGAAGCUUUAGGAGAAUGUUUCCAGGCACCUAUGGGACCUCAGCUUUCAAAUUCCAACCAAGGAGGGAGAGUGUGGAUUGGAGGCGUUUAAGUGCUAUUGAUGUGGAUCGGGUAGCUCAGGAGCUGGAUGUGACCACCUUACAGGACCACAUUACUGGUGUAACUUACUGCAAUCUGGACUCUGAGAGAUGUGCCUAUUGUCAGCAGCCCGUGGAUCCGGUGCUCCUCAAAGUUCUCAAAAUGGCCCAGCUCAUCAUUGAGUAUUUGUUGCAUUCCCAAGACUACUUGAGUGCCAAUAUAGUUUCUUUGGAGGAGAAACUCCAGUCUACUUUGGAACAGCAGGAACAGACCAAACAGAAACUGGGCAAGCAGGCAGAGGAACUGAAGGGAGUAAAGGAGGAGAGCCGGAGGAGAAAGAAGAUGCUCAGCAUGCAGCAGCUUCUGAUCCAGGCUGGGGCCAACAACUAUCACAAGUCCCCACCUUGCCCCCAUCACGUUGAGUUCCUAAAGAAUGUACUAGCAGAAAAUGUAAAUUCAGAAAAACAGAAGCAACAAAUGCAACAGAUGGAGGAUGGAAUAGAAGAACUGAAAGCAAAGCUGAAGGGGACCCAGGCCCAGCUGGAGGCUGAGAGGGAGGCUGAGAGGCAACGACAGCUUCAGGAAGCAGAGAAUAUUCGCCUAAGGGAAAUAGAGGCAAAGAAAGAAUUUGAGAAAUGGAAAGAAGAGGAAAGGAAGAAGCUUUACCAGGAAAUAGACGAUUUAAAGCAAUUGCUUCUAAAUGAAUUUAAGAGCGUUACCAGCCAGAACACUAUGCUAGAAGAAAAACUACAAGCUUUGCAAACCCACACUGUAGUGGAGUCCUUUCUUGGAACACUGAAAGAUGAUGACUCUGAAGACCGACAAAAACAAGCAAAGGAGGUACAAGACAUGAAGGAGAAGCUUGAACAUCAGAAAUUAACAUGGAAGAGAAAGUUAAGGGAUCUGCAGGAAGAACAUCUGGCAGAAAAGAAAAGGUUAAAGGAUGAGAAUGAGAGGCUCCGAGUUUCCCUAUCUCAGGAUCAACGCAAAGCUACAGACCAUUUUCAGCGCCAAAUGGAUUCACUCAAUGCCAAAUGCCAAGAGCAGGCCAAUAUCAUUAAGUCACAGGAAGAAAUGAUUAAAAGGAUGACUCUCAGAAAGGAGGAAGUGAUCCACCAAAUAGUAAAAGCAGAAGAAACAGAAGAUUCUACUACACAAGAAGAGUUGGAAGAUUCCUUAGAUGGAAAGCAGAAGGUGUUGGAAGUGCUGAGAAGAAAUCCUAACUUACUGAAACAAUUCCGACCAAUUUUAGAAGAUACUUUGGAAGAAAAACUAGAAAGUAUAGGACUAAAAAGGGGUACAAAGGGAAUUUCUGAUCAGACUUACAGAAAUCUGGAAGUAAUGUUAAAAGCCCACCGAGAACAGAAGUCCAAGAGGUUUUCUGAAUUCUUGAAACUAAGAGACAAGCUUAUUAAGGAGGUUGCUCAAAAAAUUGGUCAAAGGCAGCAGAAUGAUAGCAUAUUGUUACAGCCUGUUAAUGUGGCUACAGUCAAAAGUCAGAGGAGCCCACUGCCCAGAAGAGAAGUUCAGCAGAAGUCCAAAACACUUCGAGUGGAGUCACAGUCCCAACAAACAGCAUCACCAAUGCUCAAAACACCACAGAGCAAAGUCAACCACAGCCCUGCCCCACCAGAGAUACCAGUUCCAACUCCACGAAGCAAAGUUCCUGGGCCCCCUGGUCCUCGUGCUUCCCCUGGGCCUGGGCUGAGCACUCCACCUUUCACAUCUGAAGAUGAUUCAGAAGGAGAUCGUAUUUCCCAUCCAAAUCUUCAAGCUCCUUCUAGGUUGGAUGUUAGAGAUGACAAUGAUUGGGAUUGGUCUGAUACUGAAACCUCUGAUGAGAAAGUCCCUAAACCCAUGGAAAGUUCUGGUGGAAUAGCUUCCACAGGAACUCGAGUCCAGUCACUGGCCAAAACUCUAGAAAAACAGUUAAUUGCUCCUGGAAAGAAGCCUGCUGGAGGAGUGAGUAUUUUCUUAGCCUCAGAUGCAGGACCAUCUAAAACAACCACCUCAGUAAAGAAGCUGCAGUUUUCCGAAGAUGACAGUGACUUAGAUAUUUCCUCAUUGGAAGAGAUUCUUCAGGAUAUAGAUGUAAUUGAGAAGAAAAAACAGCCACAGCACCUGUCCAGGUCUCAACCAGUCGAGAAACUUGGCAGGACUUCCACAGAUUCUCAGAGAACCAGUGUCUGGAGUUCGAGUAGCUCCCGGGUUGUGGGCUGGUGAUUGGCAUAGACAUGACUCCCAAACUGUGGGGAGACAGUGUCAUCCAAGGGUCUCUUUCACAAUAGCAGCAAGGAAUGUCCACUUUAUAUGCCCUUACCCUUUAAGUCACACAUUUCACUUUUCUUUGUGGGCAUCUUUCUUUAUACAUCACUUCCAUUUCAAUACAAUUAAAUAAACAUUUAUUAAGCACCUAUUAUGUGUUAAAUCCUAUUAUAAGCCUUGGAGAUUAAUUAAAAGAAAGACAGUCCCUGCCCUAAAGGAGCAUACAAUCUAAUAAAUUUUCUUAAUUCA